AUGAGUGAGCAAAGGAGCAAGGUUCUCGUGUGCUCCAAGUUAACCGCAGUGUCCAGCCACCCGGUAGAGCCAGGUAAGACUCACCUGUUAACUCCAUUGGACCAAGCCAUGGGGCAGCACAGCUUGCAUCUUGUCUUUUACUAUGAGAAAAAUCCAUUCCGGUCAUUUGACUGGGACCCGUUAAGGGUGUCAUUAUCUGAGACCCUUUCGUUGUACUCGCCUGUUACGGGUCGGUUGACCCGAGGGGAGGCAGGUAAUUGGGAAGUGAAGUGUAAUGAUGCUGGUGUUAGAGUUGUAAGGGCUAAAGUGAGUGUCAGGAUUGAUGAAUGGUUGAAAUAUGCCAAUGGAAUUGAGGAAAAAGAUUUGGCUUUUUGGGAGGAGAUGCCUGAAAAUCCAAAUACAUGGUCACCUUUUCGAAUUCAGGUCAGUGAAUUUGAAGGAGGGGGUAUAGCAAUUGGCAUAAACUGCUCCCACAUGAACGCUGACCUAACGUCUUUAAUCCUAUUCUUUAAGACUUGGACUGAGGUUCACCAGCAGCAAGCCAUUGCAAAUCCACCGGUCUUCUCAUCUGCUCUCCAUGGUCGACCACUUCCCAAAGCUAAUACUAAAUCAGCUAAGUAUUAUGUAACCAAGUCUAUUGCAGAAGCUCCCUCGGUGAAAAUGGCCUCAACUACCUUCAAGUUCUCUAAUUCAGUAAUCAAACAAUGCCUAUCAGAAAUUCGUGUUAACUGCCCUGAUGCUACACCAUUUGAUCUGCUAGCUGCAAUCUUUUGGAUGAGCGUUGCGCGUUUAAAGGGAUCUAAAGAUGAACAUACACACUCCCUCUCAAUCUGUAUAGACUUCAGGAGGCUGUUGAAAGAACCACUUCCUUGCGGCUAUUUUGGAAAUGCAUUGCAUUUUUCACUGCUGUCAUUGAGGGAGAAAGAUAUGAUUCCUGGUGAGUUAGGACAUGUGGUGGAUGCAGUGCAUGGCCACUUGGUAGGGAUCAAGGAAGAAGAGAUUUUGUCCGCUGUGGGUUGGCUUGAAUCACAAAAGGGAGAGGGAGGGAAGUUUGCACCACCCUUUAGGAUGUAUGGCCCUGAACUAACCUGUGUAAACACGGAACAUAUGGUUGACGGGGAUCAAUCCUUGAUGUAUACUGCUAUGUUUGAAGAAAAUGUCAAGCCUGCUCAUGUGGCAUACCAUGUCGGGAAUGUAGCCGGUGAAGGGUUGAUUAUGGUGAUGCCUACUCCAGAAGAAGGGCUUGCACGGACGGUAAUGGUAACCUUGCCAGAGGAUGAAAUGGUCAAGCUAUGUGAAGAUGAGUCUAUCUUGCGCUUGGAGCCAACAAGGCUCCUGAGUGGUGGACUGUAGUUUGUAUCUAAUGCUGAUUGAAGAAAAAGUUAGUGAUAUGAGUGCUGCUUAUUUCUAUUUUUCAAUUCUGAGGCUGAAACCUGAACAAGUGGAACAGGAAGCUUUGCAAAUAAUUCUUUCUCAUGUCAUGUUUAGCUGCAAUGCUACAAGGGGUAGCCCAAAAUUGGUCAUUUUUAACAUAAAAUUUGGACAUCUGCCAUUUCAAGUAAUUACUGACGA